CAAAAUGUGGGUAUGAAAUCCCAGGGCAAGAGUGAGCAAAGGGGGGGAGGGAGAGCGAACAAUUGCUGCUAAUAGGAGUGCAAGGUGAGAUUUUUCUAGUUAGUUUGCUUGGUUGCUUGGUUGCAGAAGAGCCCUCAUCAUCCUCAUCAUCCAAAGUGCUUUUCCACCCACAUGUUCUGAGCGCAAUAGUCGUCGUUGAAUCUGCUACCUCCACCGACUUGCGGAGCGCAGCAGGGAUGGACACUCACAGCUCUGUCGAAGAAGCCUCAUGAAUGCCGAAUAACAAACAACCAGCCAGGAACCCAUCUCUUCAGAAUGGGAAACAUUUGAAGCGUUGUCGUGGAGCUGUCUGGGGAAGUAAAACAGGGAAGGGUAGGCACUGUGAUUUCAAAGAUAGUCAGAGUGAUAAGGAACCAUGGCGUCCUACUACAAUUGGGCUGGUGGCAUUUUCGGAGGACAACCGAACCUUGACUUGCAAUCUGAAGGCAUGCUCACCAAAGAGCAGCUGCUGCAACUAUUUCGGGACUUUUCGAGCGUUCUUGAUCAACCUGAGACAAAAAGCCGUAUUGCAGAUGCUAUUAAGGACGAGCAGGAAGCAGUAAAUGUAACAACUGAAAUUCAGGAGGAGCUGUUUCUCAAGAUGGGUGUAGAUCCGAAAUUUGGAAUUGAGUGCUUGGGAAAGGUGAAUACGGUUUACUCAGAUGAUCGUGACUUGAUGAUUCAAUUCUACCAAUUCGUGUCGCGGGAAGAGAUGGCAUGUGAAGAGGCAGAAUUAGGACCGGAAGCUUUUGCACGGAAAAUGGAGGAGGUCAAGAAGUCUCAGCAACAGCAAAGGGGUAUGUUGCAGCAACUGCGAGCCUUUCCUGUAGAUCAGCAGCAAGCAUUUUUUCAGAUGCUACAAUCCAAAAUGCACGAGGUGCAAAGUGAGGGUGGUGCAGCUAUGACAACGCAGGAGAUUCAGGAAUUCUUUCAACACCAACAAACGCUACUCCAGCGGAAGGGUAGUCCAUCCUCUCAACAGUAUACCCCAGACAACAGUGGCACCUCAGGAACUAGACCAGGGUCUCAACCCAAGUUUUACGGAUGACACCAUUUAACACAUGAAAGCAGUGGGUGAUUCUUAUGACCAGGGUCCAAUUAGAAGUCUGAAUACUUAACUGUCUCGGAAAGGGGUAGUCAAUGACGGUAGCUUUUGAGAGCCGAGAAAGAUGGUGCUUUCUUUGUUACUAUUCUUUUCAAUGUUGUACAUCUAGAGGCUCAUGUUUUUUCUCUUGCUGUCUGCCUCAUUUCUUCGAC